UAUUUUUAAAAAAGACGGCACUGCCGCAUUGUUUUUAUCGCCUGUGCAAAUCUACGAAAGAAAGAAGCGAUAGAUAUGCUAAAAGCAGUGGCUGCGUGUGCAGUGUUAUGCUCAAACUCUUCCACUAGCGCUAUAAGGAAGAUGAGUAGUUUCUCGCCUGCGUUUCCCAAGUUCAUAUCCGUAGAAGGCGCAGACAUACAUUCCAGAACUAAACCUGACGGCUUCAGAUUCAGUCUUGUUUCGUAUAACAUUUUGGCUCAGGCUUAUGUGAAGAGCUCACUGUUCCCACACUCUCCUUCCCCAAGUCUCAAAUGGAAGCUUCGUUCAGACACUAUUUUGGCAGUUCUCAAGAACUUGGGAGCUGAUUUUUUCUGCCUACAGGAAGUUGAUGAAUUUGACAGCUUUUACAAAGGGAACAUGCAGGACCUAGGAUAUUCUUCUAUUUAUAUGAAGAGAAGUGGGCAAAAGCGUGAUGGGUGUGGGCUGUUUUACAAGCAUAACCGUGCAGAGUUGGUCUUAGAGGAGAAAAUUGAAUACAAUGAUCUUGUAAAGUCAGUUCCCGAUGGGAACUCUUCAAAUAAUGAUGAACACACCAAUAUCCAGACAGUUCAGCCAGAUAAACAAAAGGAUGUGCCCCCCAAAAAUGGAUCUAAAUCGAAUUCAAAAGAUCGUGGAGAUCCCAAUGAUCCUUGUGUCAGACUAAAGCGUGAUUGUGUUGGAAUUAUGGCUGCAUUCAAACUCAAAGAUCGCUCUCAUCAUAUUGUUAUUGUGGCCAACACACAUCUUUAUUGGGAUCCUGAGUGGGCUGAUGUCAAGCUUGCACAAGCUAAAUAUCUUCUAUCCCGCUUAGCAAAAUUUAAAACACUGAUAUCAGAUAGGUAUGAAUGCAUACCUGAAGUCAUUUUGGCCGGUGACUUCAAUUCUAUGCCAGGAGAUAUGGUUUAUCGGUACCUUGUAUCAGGGAAUCCUUCAUCAAACCUGAUGCCGGACUGUUUAGAGGAGUCUCCUAUUCCCUUAUGUAGUGUCUAUGCUUCUACAAGAGGAGAGCCACCAUUUACAAACUACACACCUGACUUCACUGGAACACUCGACUAUAUAUUAUUUUCCCCUUCUGAUCACAUUAAACCAAUUAGUUUUCUUGAACUUCCAGACUCCGAUGCAGCUGAUAUUGUUGGUGGACUGCCAAACUUCAUUUAUCCAAGUGAUCAUCUACCAAUUGGUGCUGAAUUUGAAAUCAUCGAGGAAUAAACGUUCUUGUAUGCCAGGUGUUAUUUUGAGUAAUCAGCUUUCAUGUUCCACCUCCUCUCCCCUUUGUGAUGAUUAAAGCAAGGUUCUGGAAGCAAGUGCACAGGCAAUUGGCAAGAAGGACAACAGUUACCAAAAAGCAAACAUUUAGAAGUUUUUGUUGCAAAUGUGCCCAUAGCAGCUGCAACUUCUUUCCUAGUUUUUAGAAGUUUAAUUUUACAUUUCAAAUAUUAGGAGAUAUUAGGAGUUCUGAUUCUGUUUUUAAAUUUAAAAUUAUGCCCUUAUGUCUACAAAUAAGGGAUGUAUAAUUUAUGCUCUGUGCUCUUUAUUUAAAGCUGCUUUAAUAAAAUAAUUGAUACUUCUCUGCA